AUCGAUCUUUUAUCAAAGUUCUUACGUUUCAUCCUAACUUCUAAAUAAGGGAUUCUGAUAGCAGUGCGCCCCCCUCGUAGUACAUCAUUCUAGCAAAAGUCAGGUACAUACAACAAGACUGUUAAGAGUUCGUACAGCCAUCCAGAAUGCCUCCAGUCGAACUUAAGCGUGCCUCAACGCGGUUGCGCGAAGCUCUUAAAGGAGAUCGAUGUCUCAUCGGACCCGGUGUCUUCGAUGGCAUCUCCACACGAGUCGCGGACCAGGUCGGCUUCGACUUCCUCUACCUCGCUGGUAGCGGUUCUACAGGCUCCUACUGCGGUGAGCCAGAUCUGUCUGUGAUGACCCAGACGGAAUUCUUCAACCUGGCGCAGAUGAUCACCACUCACACCGACAAGCCGGUAAUUGCGGAUGCUGAUACUGGAUUUGGUGGUCCUUUGAACAUCGCCCGUACGAUACGGUUGUACGAGCAUGCUGGCGUUGCGGGAUGUCAUAUUGAGGACCAGGUAUUCCCCAAACGUUGCGGUCAAUUGAAGGGGAAAGAUGUUGUUGAUACUGCCGUCUUCAUCGAACGGAUUCGUAGUGCCGUCGAAGCUCGUCAGGAUCCGGACUUUGUCAUCAUCGCCCGUACAGAUGCCCGACAGGCUAACAGGUAUGGAGGUCCGAAGGCCUCCCGGGAGGCGUUUGAAGAGGGCGUCAAGAGGCUCAAGGCUGCAUUGGCGGCGGGUGCUGAUAUGGCAUUCAUGGAAUCGCCGCGAUCAGAGGAGGAAUGUAAGAUUCUGGUUAAGGAGAUGGGAGACAAGCCAGUUCUGAUCAAUGUGUUGCCGAAUGGUCUAACUCCCAACUUCACUACUGAUGAUUGUACCCGUCUAGGCUUCAAAGCAGCCAUCUACCCGUGCACGGGAUUCAUUCCUGCCAUGCUGGCCAUGCAGCGUUCCUAUGGUGCCCUGAAGGAGAAAGGCACUGACCUGCAUGUCUGUGAAGGGCAGACUAUCAAGCAUUUCUUUGACCAGUUGGGUCUGGAAAAAGCGUGGGAGUUUGACAACGCUAUCGAAGAAUUUUCCAGAAGGGAGAUUGAGGAUAUCAGUAAGGGCCAGGAGAGUUAAGUGACUGCCAGCUCGUGAUGAGAAUACCAUAUCUAUGUCAGUUACGCCGGUUGUCACAUUCUAUUGAAAGAGAAAAACGCAUAUCUUGAGUCUUCUAAUGUCUCUGAUUUCAUUACAUCCAUACUGUCCUAAUAUCCUAAUACAUAUUUUUUGCCCAACGUAACUGAUACUACAAAAUACGCUGAGGCCCCAAGUUCUACCCAUGCCAUUCUAUGUAUGAUGAACAUUUCAAGACUCCAGUCCUUCCAUAU